AUGUAUCUGCUCACACGCAGCUGCGAAAACGGAGAAGUCAGUGAAACGCAGCAGCAGUUCCAACAGAGUGCAGCCUUCAGUAACGAUGCACUAAACCUGCCUCUUCAUUCCUACUCUCACAGCCCAAACAGAAAUGCCAACAACAACACCUCCGACAUGACUCAUUCUCCCCGGUUUUUAAUCGUUGCUGCUGAACUUGGCUCAGGAAAAGAAGCGGAUCGCGGGAGAGACGAAGGCUGGGCGCAGCAUCUGCACAGGACCAAGGAGUCAAGGCAGUACGCGGAGUCCUGGUCCCACAGUUUCGAGAUAGUCGAGGUCUACACUGGCCCAGCGGAGUGCGUACCAGGGCUACUGGUCGCGGGGCCAGCCGCCACAGGCUGGGUGUUGAGACCAGAAGUGGUUACCGCGGGGAGUGGGUCACGGGUUCAAGGUCGCUAUGGAAGGGACAGCCCAGAGCGCAGCCACCUGCUAGAUGCGAUGGGACGUGUGAUGGCUGAACACAGGAUGGCUAUGAGUCGAAACCACCAGGGAUGGUGGUCUCGUAGUCGAGGUCGUGCACAGGCCGAUGAUGAGGACAGCAUGGAUGCCACUGAUGUCACGCCAACUCCAGAUGUUGACAUCUCAUUGGAGAUGGAUGUGGUGGAGCCAGAAACGGAUGAUGAUUUUCCUGAGCCACUGGAUCUCAGCCCCAGAGAUGAGAGGCCUCUAUCCCCGCUCUUCCAGCGCUCUGUGUCUGAAGACUCUGCUGGCUCCUCUGCCUCCACCACCAGAAAAGCCAAAACUAGAGAAAAGCUCUGUGCCUUCUGCUACUGUGGAGAAAAGAGUCUCUUGGGUCAGGGUGAGUUGAAAUUGUUUGGACCCACGCCUGGUUACGUCCCUCUGCACAUCCAGAACCGCCGAGGCAGCUCUGAGAAGGACGACGAUUACCAUGAUGAUGACAAUGAUUUUGAUGACAAUGACAACAACCGCAGCCCAGGGCAUCGCGGAUGCGGCCUGAAAAAGGUCAGCUCUCCAGACAGCGGCCUGCACUCAACCUCUGCUCCUGGUAGUACGGACCCCGCUGCUGAGGAGCCCGGCCGGAAGUUCUGGGAUGAACUGGGCCAAAUUGGCCUUCCUGAUGACAUUAACGUUGCGUCUUUAUUUGAUCCCACUGGCCAGUGUUGUGCUCACCUGCGCUGUGCCGCCUGGUCAGAGGGUGUAUGCCGUGGGGAGGGACAGUCGCUGCUGUAUGUGGACAAAGCAAUUGACUCAGGGAGCACAGAGUGCUGUGCAUACUGUAAGCGCCUUGGAGCAUCCAUAAAGUGCUGUGAGGAGAGCUGUGGGCGAUCCUUUCAUUACCCCUGUGCAGCUGCUGCCGGAACCUUCCAGGACAUAAAGGCAUACACCCUCCUCUGCCCGGAUCACAUCCAACGAGCCCUUGUCAGAUCGAAAGAUGAGGUGAAAUGUCUGGUGUGUGACAGUUCCGGAGACUUGCUCGAUCAGCUCUUCUGCUGUACAUGUGGCCAGCAUUACCAUGGGGCCUGUCUGGACAUCACUGUCACCCCACUGAAGAGGGCCGGCUGGCAGUGCCCUGAGUGCAAAGUCUGCCUCGCAUGCAAGAACCCAGGGGAUGACAGCAAAAUGCUGGUGUGUGACAUGUGUGAUAAAGGCUAUCAUACCUACUGCCUGCAGCCUGUCAUGGACACAAUACCCACCAAUGGCUGGAGGUGCAAGAACUGCCGGACGUGUGCUCAAUGUGGCAUGAGGCCUAACGGCCAGUGGUCAUCUAAUGGUGUAAUGUGUGAAGGAUGUCAACAGCAGCAUGAUUCAGCACUGGUCUGCCUCAUCUGUGGGCAGAAUCAGGAUUCUGGCGGCCCUCUGGACAAACACUCAUGCUGCACUUGUAAGAGAUGGGUUCAUGUGGACUGUGAGAGGCGGGAGGGUGCUGACCCUGACACCCAGGUGCAAGAUGGGUACACCUGCAGAGUGUGUAAGCAGGUAGAGGAGGAGAGCAGGCACAAUCAGCCUGUCAGCAGCCAGGAGGCUUUGUUCACUGACCCAGAGCCAGCCGAGGAUGUCUUCAUGGCUGUUGAGGAAGUAAAUGAAGCUGAGGAGGAAGUGGCGUUAAAGCCAGAGGCCAGAACUAGUCCACUUCCUACUGUGCCAGAAAAGUUCCUGUCAUCUGCUGAACCUGCCCAGGAGAUCCAGGUUACUGUCACUCUGACAGAGGGUUCCGAGCCUCCUCCUUGCACCUCCACUUUAGUGGGUGUACCCUCCCUCUCCUUUCAGGCCACGUCCACUACUGAAGACCAUAACCCGGAGCACAGUCUUAUUGGUGCUUUGGAAAUGGGGAAGGAAACUGAGGAUAAGCUGCCUGAUAAUACAGAGGAUGAACCUGAAGCAGAUGUUUCAAAAGCUCUUCCUGCUUUGCCAACCAAAGAAACUUCCCCCAAACACUCUCAAGCACAAGAGGAAGAACCCAUGGAUGUCUGUCCCUCAGACGCCUCCAGUAAGAAGGAUAAAAGUAUGGCAGAUGUCCCUGAAACCCAGAGUGUUGUUGAGGAAAUUGAACAUGGACAGAAGGAAGACAAACAAGAGCACGAAGAGGAGAAGGGAGAAGAUCCUGAGGUCUCUUGUGUUUUACCUGAGCCUGAUAGUGUCCCACAGGUUGCAGAAUGCAGUCCUACUGUGGAAAUGGACACUACACCUGUCAGUGACCACAGUUUCUCCAGUUUCAGCUCUCCCAUUGAGGAUAAGAGCCUCGUCUUGAAGCAUUCCCCGGGACUGUCCUCUGAGGGCUCAACCAAGUUGACCCAGUCCCCAUUUUCCACUGAAGCCUCACCAAGAGAGAUGUCUCAAAGCCAGACACCAACCCAUGGCUUGAAUCUUUCUGGAUACAGCCCCAGUGUUUCUAACACCACCUUCUUCCCUCUUACACCCAAGAUAGGUAUGGGAAAGCCAGCCAUCUCGAAGAGGAAGUUCUCUCCAGGAAGGCCUAGGGUAAAGCAGGGUGCAUGGAGUAACCGUAGCGCAAUGAGUUCGCCCUCUUGGUCUCCAGAGCGCUCGGACGCCUGGGACAGCCCUAAGACCAGGCCGAUGCACGGGCUGCCCAUCUGGACCAUGAGAUUGGGUCGUGGAUCUGGCUUUCCUGGAAGGCGGCGACCCAGGGGAGCUAACCUGUCUGGGAGAGGUGGCAGAGGACGCUCCAGGCUAAAGACGGAGAGCAGCCCUGUGGUGACCCCUGGGGUGAGCUUAAUGGAUUCUCCUUAUGUGGUAAAAGAAGAGGAGGAGAACUCCAUGCACAACACUGUUGUUCUGUUCUCCACAUCGGACUCUUUCACACUUAAACAAGACAUGUGUGUGGUGUGUGGAAGCUUCGGUCAGGGUGCUGAGGGCAGACUGUUGGCCUGCUCCCAAUGUGGCCAGUGCUACCACCCCUUCUGUGUCAACAUUAAGAUCACAAAAGUGGUGUUGAGUAAAGGCUGGCGCUGUCUGGAGUGCACAGUGUGUGAGGCAUGUGGGCAGGCCACUGACCCCGGGCGCUUGCUUCUCUGUGAUGACUGUGACAUUAGCUACCACACAUACUGUCUGGACCCACCACUGCAGAAUGUACCCAAAGGCAGCUGGAAGUGCAAGUGGUGUGUAUUGUGUACGCAGUGUGGAGCCACAUCGCCUGGCCAGCGCUGUGAGUGGCAGAAUAACUAUACACAAUGCGGUCCGUGUGCGAGUCUCACGGUUUGUCCCGUGUGCACACACAGCUACAGAGAGGAAGAGCUCAUCCUACAGUGCCGGCAGUGUGACAGGUGGGUUCAUGCCUCAUGUCAGGGGCUGAACUCUGAUGAAGAGGUGGAGAGCGCAGCGGAUGAGGGCUUUGACUGCUCUCUAUGUAGAACACAUACCAUGUCCACACCUGGUGGCACAGUGGCAAAGCUCGUGGAAAUCAGUGAGCCUCCUGCAGUGGUACAGGUUCUUUCGAAAGUCAAGGAAAAUGAAUUCCAGCGGACCUACACUCAGGAUGGUGUGUGUCUUACUGAGUCAGGCUUGUGUCAGCUCCAGAGUUUAUGUGUCCAGACCGCUCGCCGCAGACGACCUAAACCCAAACUUAAGCUGAAGAUCAUCAAUCAGAACAGUGUGGCUGUGUUGCAGACACCCCCCGACCCCCAGACUGAGCUCUUCAGGGAUGGAGACAUGGAAGACGGUAGAGCAGAAGCGGAGAUGGUGGACGGCGAGGGCAAGUCAGACUCCAGCCCCGAGAGAGAGGUCACAGCAGAAGACGACUCGAAGGACACAGAUCCCUGCAAGAAGAGGAAGAGGAAGCCCUACCGCCCCGGAGGUGCAGAAGCGAUGGAAUGUGAGCCCAAGCUGGAAGCCCCUGGGAGCCCAGAUAGGGAUGGAGGAGUGGACAGAGAAACUGGGGCAGAUGGAGGUAUAGAGGGCAUGGCUGACUGUGAAACUCUCAAAGGAGGAGUAGAGGAGACUGAAGACGGGAAGAAGAGAAAGCGGAAACCAUAUAGACCAGGACCUCACCCUGACAUACCUCUUGAUGUCCCAGAGACAAAAACUGCAGAAGGAGAGGGUGAGCAAGCCAAGAAGCGCAGGGGCAGAAAGAAGAGCAAGUUGGAGGAUAUGUUUCCUGCAUACCUGCAGGAGGCUUUCUUUGGCAAAACAUUACUCGACCAGAGUAAGAGAGCUUUUCUUGCUCCUCCAACCCAAAGACAUACGCAGGGCGUUUUGAGACCUCCACUUCCUGGGCAGGGGGCCAGAAAUGCAGCCUCUGAACCAGUUGAGGCUGCAGUCAGGCCAACUGGGCUGCCCAUGGAACUAAAGCAAGAAGGCGAGGGAUCCAAGCCUCCAGGAGAUCGAGCAGAUCUCCCUCAGGGACUAGAAGGCCAGGACUCUCAGCAGUUUUUUCGCAAGGUACUAGGACCCACAGAGGGAAACGCCACAAGUGGGCCUCUGCAGCCUAGCAUUAAGCCUGUUCGAGAGGGUCUCUCCCAGUCCCCUUUUUUUGACAUUCGGGAUCGAGGUGGUCUUUUCAGUCCAGACCAGGAUGAGGAAAGCCCAUGGGCAACACCAUCUGCUCCAGCCACCCCUUCAACUCCUCCAACUCCUACUGAACCGGAAGGUGAUGGCCUCUCCUACAACCAGCGCAGUCUGCAGCGUUGGGAGAAGGAUGAGGAAUUGGGAAAUCUAUCUACCAUCUCUCCUGUACUAUAUGCUAACAUGAACUUCCCUAGUCUCAAACAAGACUACCCUGACUGGGCCAGUCGAUGCAAACAAAUAAUGAAGAUUUGGAGGAAGGUAUCAGCAGCAGACAAGGUUCCUUAUCUGCAAAAGGCCAAAGAUAAUAGGGCUGCUCAGAGAAUAAAUAAGGCACAGAAGCAGGCAGAGAGUCAAGUAUGUCGGCCUAUUAAAACUGAGCCUGGCCGUAUUAAAGGAGAGCGCCCUAAUCUGCACCUCCAAAUUCCCCCACCCUCAGGCUCCGUAUCCACACCCUCCCAGCCGAGCUCUGCAGAGAGUCCCUACCCCCUUGCCCCUGACUCUGCAUCUUCAGCCUUUUUUCCUGAUGGACCCCUCAAGACCCCUUGCUCAGCUGAUGUUCAGACAGACCCAUUUUCUAAACUUCCCUCUCAGUCUCCGCACCUUCAGUCUCAGCCAUCCACACCAUACUCACAGCCUUCUUCCAGCCCCUUGCAGGCCUCUUCCUCAGGAUAUCCUAUGCCUGGCCCACAGGGUGCUACUCAGGGACGGCCAGCCAACUUUGGCUCCCUUGACAUGCAACCAGGGACUCCUCGCAGGGCCCAACAGGUUGACCCAUUUUUUAAAUCACAACAGCAAAUCCCCAAACCGCAGCAGCUCUCUCAGGAGGCCUUAGGUCCACCUGAGAGUCCUAGAUCUAGGCCUGGUGGGCCUGGAGACUCACAGAUGUUCUCACCGCCUCAUACAGCCCUUUGUGGAGACCCUUACCGUGGGCAGCAUGGAGCUAGCCGGCAAGAUCAUGCUUCAUCUCCAUCACCUUCUGCGAUAGCUUCUUCACCUGCUGCAGUGGGUCAAAAUAGGGCAGAAAUUAAUGCCCCAUCUCCACGUUCUUCAUUUGGCAGACAAGACCUAAGCUCUGGUUCUCCUGCUAGUUUGGACUGUGGAGAUGGGCUAUUUAAAGCUCCCAUGACACCUCGUAUGCAUCAGGGGGAUGCAGGCGGAUUAUCUGUUUCACACCCUCCAGGUGCCUCUCCAAAUCAUCCUCCUGAGAGCUACCGCCAAUCUCCCUCUACGUUCUCUGACCCUUACGCCCAGCCUCCUCUCACACCGCGACCUCAAUCGGGACUGCAUGAGUACCAUGACCAGACUCAGUCCUCGAACAGACUGGAGACGUCUACAAUGUGCACUUCUUUUAUUUUGGUGGAGGAAUCUCUGUCUAAAGGCCAGAGCUAA